GCUUUUUAAUCUGUCAUGAAUUUAAAUUUAGGUUAUUAAAUUAAAAGUGACAGAGAUAAUUUAAUGUUUAUUUUGCUCAAAAUAUUGUUAAUGUGAAUUUCGAAAAGAAAAUGCAAGUAAAUCAUGACUUGUAAAUUACCUCCCUACGUACUUCAAGAACUUCCUAAUAUUACGGAUGUAAUAAAUUACCCAUUAAAAAAUGUGCAUCGAAUCAAGUUUACAUGUUUUGAUGUAUCAAAAUCAUUGAUAGCAUUUGGUGCAACCAGUGGUGGUAUAUAUGUGUACAAUAGAAACCCAUGUGAAUUUGUUCAGCUAAUACCAAAUAAGGAUGGUCCAAUAACUCGUUUGACAAUUUCAUCAGAUGAAAAACAUAUUGGUUUUGCCAAUGGAAAAGGCACGGUUACUGUCACCGGUUGUGACCAAACUCUCACUGGAAGCCACUCAUCCACAUCAUCCAAAGAUCACCAUGGAAACGAAAUCACAGCAAUGGUUUGGAGCGGGAACAUGCUUUUUACUGGUGAUGAUGUUGGACGAGUGUCAGUGUUGCAGUUACAAAGUUUCAUUACUAAAACAAUAUUUCAAAGCUCAUCUCAAAUAAUUUUGAGUCUCGAUUCGAGAAUUUGUCAAUUAGACGCCAAAGAUUGUAUGUUACUUGUAUCAACACUAACUCGUUGCUAUAUUUGUAAUAUUAUUCAAGAACAAUAUAGACAGAUUGGACAAAAACUUAGAGAUGGUGAAUUUGGUGCUUGUUUUGUGACAAAAGAUAAGGCUAAUGUCAACGGGGAACUAGAGAGUAGUCAACAAGAUUACACUGAAGUAAAGAAAUAUAGUAUUGUUGAUGGAGAACUAGGUUUUACUGUUGGUGAACAAUUUUCAAAUACCCUCAUAUAUUGUGCUAGACCUUCAUCUAGAUUAUGGGAAGCCACAGUUGAUGGUAUGGUUAGAAGAACCCAUCAGUUUAAACAAGUACUAGCUAAACAAGCUAUGAAAGUUACAACAGAUUCUUUUGAUAAUGAAAAUGUCCCAGUUGAAAGUGUCGAUGAAAAUAUUAAUGGACAAUCUGUAAUUUUUUCCAAACUGUACUCUAUAAAUGAUGCCAUAUUCUCUUUUAAUAGACAAGCUUUAUAUUUUUUAAAUGUUCACAACGUAGAUGAUACUUUAUGGUUUGAUAAAUAUAAUGAUAUUAUAGAUUGCAAAAUAUAUCAUGAUUUAUUAUACAUUUGGCUUAGCAAUGGAUCUCUGAUUUGUACCAGAUUUAUGAAGCUAGAUAAAUUUUUAAUACAAUGUUAUUUAGAUGAAAAAUAUACGCUUUGUGCUAAUUUAUGUGCCUUGUAUCAUGAUUAUUUGCUUACAAGUAUUCCAUCGCCUAAGUUACAUAUUUUAGUUGGAUUGAAAGAUAAGUUAGAGAGUAAUGGAUUAUUGGAUAGAAUUAAUGAUAUUUUAGAAAAGCUUAAUGGUUUAAAAUUAAAUGAAGCAACUCAAAUGAAAUCAGGCAUUUAUGUUGUUGACAACACAUACCAUACUCAGACAACUUUAGAUGAAAAAUCUGAAAUAAACGAUGACACAUAUUCAAUGCAACCUGACCCAUUAUUAGCUUUAAAAGGCCUUAGUAAUGCUGUAUCUGAUAAAUUCACAGUUAGCAAAAAGAUAUUAAAAGAUAAAUGGGAAGAUAUAGAAGGAAAGGUAAAACAAUUUAAUUCCGAAAGGCAAAUUCAAGAACCGAUAAAAAAUAUCCAAGAGAUAAUUCCGAGGAAGAUUCCUGAUGAAUUAGUUACUGUACAUUUACAGUUAGAUGAGGAAAUUGUUUUUAAAGAUUCUAGUCAAAAAGCCAUAGACACAGACAAUAAUGUAGACAAUGAUAGAGUAUGCAGGACACUUUAUCAAUACCAUAGAUUAAGUUUAGUUAAUAAGGAUAUAGAGAAAACGAAUUUAACCUCUAUAAUUGAAAAUAAUUCCUGUGAUAUUAGUGAAAUCUAUGAACUAAUGCUUUCUUUGGAACGAUACUGUAUAUCUGUUGGAGCAUUAGAUGAAUCAAAGUUUGUUCCUAAUAAUAUUUUUCUAACAUAUUUAUGUAUUUCAACGAAGAAAUGCGAUUUAUUAGAUGAUAUUAUAAACAAUGAAGUAUUAUAUAAAUACUUUGUAGAUUCCUGCAUAUCAAUAAAUAUAAAAUCAAGGAAAUUGUCUAAUAUUGGUUGUGAAUGUGGUUUUCCUUUGCCUUUUGCUCGUAAUGAGACACCGAUUUUUUCGGAGUUGAUAGAUGAGUUUAUAGAGAGGCAAUGGUCGGUCCAAACUAAAGAACAGUGUUAUGAUAUUUGUAAGAAAAUGCCAUAUUUGUGGAGAAAGAUUUUAUAUCUACGUAGGAAUGAAGAUUUGUUGAAUGUUUUAAGGAUAUUACUGCAAAUGUUGGAUGAGUCUCUCUUGCAUUCUUUCUUGCCGCAGUUCACAUUAGAUACAUGGGACCGUGCCAUACAAUUGUAUGCGGUGUUACAUGCAAAUAUGUGUUUGAAUUGUAAUAAGAAAUUUGAUCACAUAUCAGUUAAAGAUAUGUUAAGUUGGGAUGAUUUGGGUUCGUUGAUAAUAAAAUCGGUUGGAGGUAAAAAUGCUGUUGAAUUGAUGAAAAAGCAUGGACAUUUAAUUGACAUGGGCGCUUUGACCAUAAAAUUCUAUCAUUCUUGUUUACUGGCCUGUUUAUAUGUAAAGUAUGACGUCACCAUCAUUUCACAACUUGUUGAUACAAUAUACAGUUCAUAUGAAUUUGAAGAAUCAAGAUUUGAGAUAUGUCAGCUGCUUAAAUGUACAAAAAAUGGUCAAAUCAAGAAUACAGCGUUACCUCUGACAGUCGCAGCUAUGUCAGAUCAUUGGGGACUGAAACCAUUACGAGACAGAUUACUAUCUAUUAAAAAGUCAAAAAAUAAAGUAACUCUACAAGAAAUUUUAAUAAACAUGAUUGAAUUAUUCAAAGGGGUAAGUGAUUGUUCUCUCUGCGGCCUACCGUUACAAAAUGAGGUUUUAAUCAAAGAUGGUGGUCUAUGGACUUUUAAAUGUGGUCAUAAUUUCCACGGGGCUUGUUUAGAUUUAAAUAAAAUUAAAUUAUGCCCGUCUUGUUCUCAUUAAAAACUAAACCUUGCCGUGUAACUUAGUACUACAAACUUGUCUGGUCUUGUCUGGUCCGAUGAGAUGUUGUAAUUGCGCUUAGUUCUGUCAGAAAAUAUGUAAAUCCUACAUAGACAUAGGAAA